AUGGACACAAAAAUGACUAUUGGUGGACCAACGAUCACUCUUUCAAACGGAGUGAAAAUGCCUCAAGUUGGUUUGGGAACGUUACUGUCGACGCCUGUUGAAGUAAAAGCAGCUGUAAAAACAGCCAUUGAAUGUGGUUACCGACUAAUCGAUACGGCUACAUUGUACAAAAAUGAAGAGGCAAUUGGUGAAGGUAUUCACGAAAUGAUCCAAGCUGGAAAGGUUAAACGUGACGAUCUCUUCAUUACGACAAAGGUUUGGGGAACGCAUCUUCAUCCGGAUCGAAUCGAGGCUUCGGCACGUGAAUCUCUCCGUUUGUUCAAACUAGACCGCCUUGAUCUCCUCCUCGCCCAUUUACCUACUUCCUUUAAUCAUGACAUGACAGAACAGGACCACUCACUGACUGCAGUGGAUGUGUGGAGAGGUAUGGAAGCGGUCUAUAGAAAAGGUCUGGCUAGAGCUAUCGGAGUUUCAAACUUCAAUGGCGAACAAAUCGAACGCAUUAUGAAAGUAGCUUCUGUGCCCAUCCAUAAUUUACAGGUGGAAGUGCAUCUUUAUUGGCCUCAACAUGAACUACACGAAAUCUGCAAGAAGCAUAAUAUCGCACUGACUUCCUAUGCUUCCUUAGGAUCACCCGGACGCGGCCAAUUUAAGCGACUUACUGAUGCGAAAAUAGAAUGGGCUGAUGUUCCGAGGGACCUUGAUGAUCCGAAUGUAAAAAAAUUAGCGGAGAAAUAUAAGAAAACUCCGGCACAGAUUUUACUACGUUACGUAAUGGAGAGGAACAUUGCCAUCAUACCGAAGUCUGUGACUCCUUCCAGAAUUGCUGAAAAUUUCAAUGUUUUCGACUUUGCUCUGAAGCCUAGCGAAAUUGAGGAGCUUGAGUCGACUGCUCAUCAUCAAAGGCUUUUUUUCUUUGAUUUCAUGGAGGGGCAUCCGGAAGAUCCGUGGGCGGCGGAGAGAAAACACUGA